AUGGCCAGAAGAAUGGCAACUCAAGACUACGGCAGUGGCUCAGGCGAUCCCAAGGGCGAGAAGCCUCAAGAGCAAGGCGCAAACCCUUCAGCCGACAAGGAACACCCUGGCCCUCCUCCCCCCAAGGCCGGUCAAGGCAGCGGCGGCGCCACCAAGGCCGACAGCACUGGCCACAACACCAGCGCAGCCAAACAGCAAAAGAAGAGUUUCUCUACCAUGGCAAGAAGAAUGAGCGAAGACAAGCCCAAGUCGACAAAAGGUUUGGAGCCCAAACUCAACAAGAACAAGUCCACACCCAAAGAAGAAGACCUUCCUGAGGAUGUAAAGCAGCAUAACAAGGAGAUGGACCAGAAGGCCGAUCAGGCUGCUGAGAAGCUUGGCGACGAUAAGAGCAAGAAGGACGACAAGGUUGGCAAGCAGUUCUGGUACGCUUUUGCUCAACCAUAA